CGUCGGCCUUUGCAACUCAGGUCAAGCAGAGUCUGGUGUCUGCUAGUCCCGAUGCCCCAGAGUCGAUUCUGGACGCCAUCAUGCAGAUAGCAGUGUGUGAGGAGCAGGUAGGGUGGAGACCGCAGGGCCAGUCAAGACGGCUGAUAUUUGCACUAACUGAUGGAGAUUACCAUUAUGCUCUAGAUGGCAAGUUGGGAGGUAUCACGAAGAGGCCAGAUUUCCAAUGCCACUUGGAUGGAAACAUGGAGUACAGUUACCAG